GAUAAAACGAAAUUGUUACCUGCGAUGCUUUGGCCUUCCAUGGUUUGGGACUUUUACUUUUCUGAAUCAAGCCAUUGUGUGUAGGUCAACGUCUCUACGAAGUACAAGCAUAAUUUGUCACUUGAUUGUCUUUCUCUCAACAGGAAGUUGUUUUUUGAAGUUCGUUCAUGAUUUGUUUUCCUGUACCGACAACCGAUGGGAGCGGCUACUCCUGCUACUCCUAGUUACAAGAAUCUAUCGUCUAAUGUCUUUUUUUGAUUAAGUAAUUCCUUCGAUGGCUGCGAGUGACUCACAUGGAUUCGUAACAGUAGGAUAUGGGAUCGUCUCGACCUGGUGCCAAGCGGGCCCGUGUUGAGUCUCAAAGUGGUGAAGGAGCGAAGCAGAGCGAAGUGAGGCAUGCUAAUGGUAAUUCCAACGGCAACGAAGGCAACGACAUUAAUAACGUUGGAGGUGCAGCUGCAGCAGGAACAGGUGGCCUAAGUGCAACAACGAACAAGCCAACGCUAAUGAGUGGCGUAGUUGUAAGUGGUGUUACUCCCACAAUGAGUGGCGCGCAGCAGCAACAGCAGCAGCCGCUGCGCAAAAUUCUCGCUGUGGGCAGCGCCCAUGGCGAGUGGCGACGGACGUUCAGUGUCGCAGAGGAGUACCAUAGGAAGCAGAAAUUCGAGUUUAUGCUUGCCUGUGGUUCUUUUCUGGGCAGUAAAGCGCAAAUGGCUCCGUAUCUAGCAAACGGGGACAGUAAAGUUCCGCUCCCGACGUACUUCAUUGACGCUGAGUCGACCAUGUUCGUCGACCGAGCUUACCACGGGAAGACAGUUGCGGACAAGCUCCAUUUCCUAGGAGGAUGCGGGUUGAGAGAGAUUGAUGGACUGCGAGUUGCGUUUUUGAGUGGAACGAUGCCACGGAUGCGUGAUGGUGCAACAACUAGAAAAGUUGUAGUGAUUGACUUGAUUGAAGUUGUAGUGAUUGACUGGAUGAUCAAAUUAUACAAAUACAACUUGAUUGAUCAAAUUAUACAAAUACAACUUGCGGUGAAAGACUUGAAUCUAGUAUGCGGUAAGACGCCUAGGAUUUCCCUGCCAACUACUUCUACCGACGUCCCCUUUUUUACAACUACAUUUUAAUAUGUAUCCACAUCCUACUUUACCCAGGCACAAUUGAUUGGGCCGCCUUUAAUCAGUGCUGUGUUGUGCCCGAUGAUGAGCCUGCUAAGUUUACGAGCUACGAAAACCGUGAUGGCGUCAACGUUGUGGGGUAUACACUUAAGGGCAGCACAAGAAAUCUCCCAUUUUCAGAGGCAUCCAUCUUGGUCCCGUUAUUAAAGGGAAAAGGAGACCCAAGAUGUUGCUGAGGAUGGACUUCCAUUAGUUCUAAUACACGCAGUUGCAUCGAGAAAAUAGCCCAACUAGCAGAGGGCAAGCCAGUGGACAUCCUGCUUACAAGCGAGUGGCCGGCAAAAUUGACCAGGUACUCCCUCAUGUUUCUGAUUCUGUUCGCAUUUGACAGCCCUUCUUUGUAUUUUUUCCCUUGAAACACUACUUCCUGUUUUCAUCAGACAAAAUGGAGGCAAUCACUUUUUCCCUUUAAACACUACUUCCUGUUUUCAUCAGACAAAAUGGAGGCAAUCACUUUUUCCCUUGAAACACUACUUCCUGUUUUCACAGUGAGCUUUCCGACGACGAAGUGACCCAUGCUGGUCGCAGUGUGCCCGCAGAGGAUGCCAGUAGUCCUGCAGUAAGCGAGUUAGUCCGCCUAGUCCAACCUCGAUGGCACUUCUUCGCGAAUGAAGGGCGAUAUUUCAAGCGUCGACCGUUUCUAGUUCCUGACAAGACGCAUCUCUGCAUUUCGAUCGGCCUCUGCUACGCUGGAGAGAAGAGCGAAGCAACCAGCGAAGGGAAGCCUAAUAAAGGUUUGCACGCGAUCCAGUUGAGGGAUACAAUUUCCAGGACUCCAGCUGACGUGUUACUUAGAGAAAAGGAUAGAGAAACAGCGACUGCGUGUCCAUUUGUAGAAGGCGUUUUGCCAGGUGUGGAGGAGUUCUGCCAUACAGUACCAGCAACAGUCGAUGCGAAGACAGUUGGAUCAAACAAUGUCGUCGAGAAGUCAGCCGACGAAGACGAAGACACCUCAGAGGAGGAGGAAGACGAAGUCUCAGCGUUGAGUCCACAGGAGGACUUAGCGAAUUCUGAUGCCCUUAUUAUGGGCAAAGGAGCUGCUGCAGGAGCUGCAGCUUCAGAAGGAGCUGCAUCAGCUAAUGUCAUCAAUCCAAUUUCAACUGCAGUUGCGAAAGAUAGUUCUGUGGAAGUUAUUCACCUACCAAAAAUUGGAGCACAGAGAGACGAUGAGGGCGCCAAUGGUGACUCUGCCGUAGCCGACGAUGAGGGCGCUGGAGAGGCAGAAGAGUCACCUGCUAGCCCUGAAGAUGACGAAGAUGCUGUGGCUAUCAGACUCGAAGCGCAGAGACGACAGGAAACCCGGAAACUACUAGAUGUUGACUCACGAGACAUCAUGAAUACGAGGAGGAGGUCGAUCAGUCCUGGCCAGGAGAGAGAUGAUUCGCGAGACAUCAGAAGAGAAACAGGUGUUGAGAGUGGCCAGUCUUUAGAGGACAGUCCUGGCGAUCCUGGCCAAGAAGUACGAGACGAGGAUGAAGCUGUUGAAGACGCGGCUGCUGAAGAUGGUGCCGAUCAUGAUAUGAUUGUCGAUGUUGACGGAAACAAGGCAGCAUCAGAUGAUCUAGAGUCACUGCCAGAAGCGUUUGAGGCGGGCUACGACAUAGAUGCGGAACAGGGGACCAAUAAAACCCUGCUCACAGUCAAGGUUGCGCCAGAAAAAACUGUGGUAUUCCAGACCGGCAAAGUAGCGUGUCGAGCAAGCGGAAGCGCGUUCUGUUCGCAGGGAGAUACGCAGAUACUGGCAACGGUACCUCUAUAGAUCUAAUUAUAGUUGCGUUAGAGCCAUAAGAAGAGUUACUACGAUACUGUGGUUUUGUGUGUAUUGAAGAAGAGAGUUACUUCAACAUUGUGGCUUUGUGUGUGUUGAAAGUACUUCUUGGAGAAAAUUGGACGCUAAGUAAAGACCUAUCGAUGAAUAUCUGACUCCUUCAGGCUUGCUGCGAGCCUCGUCCGAGACCUUUUUUUGCAAAGGCUUAUGGGGAUAAUCCAGCAGACUCUGCUGAGGCAGCUCUAGCGACGCCACUGACAGUCGAAUACAAAGAAAAGUGGUCAGCAAUGGGUCUCACUAUGCCGAACCACGAGAGACGUGAGAAAAUCUACAGUUCAGACCACGAGACUUUGAUUUCUCGAUUAGUGGACAGGCCCUUGCGACCGGUUUUUCCUGAGUGGUGGAAUAAAGAGACUAAGGUGACACUAGACCUGAUGAGUGGCGAGCAAGCGCAUCUGCCAGAUGCGCUUGCAAUUAAUGCGGCCAGCAUGGCUUUGUUGUUGAGCGACGUACCUUUUGGGGAGGCAGUAGCAGGUGUUACGGUAGCGGGGAUUCGCAGAAAACUUCCUGCCGCAGAAAGGGAGGAAAAUAACGAAUACCAAGAUGCUGCUGAGCAAGAAGACGAAGACGAAAAUUCUACCACAACUCGUUUAGAAUUCGUGGUUUUCCCUACUAGGAAAGAGCGCGAGGAAGCCGAAUUGAUCCUAGUCGCUGCCGGAACGGCCAGUAGUGUCUCAAUGUUAGAGGCCAGUGCGAAUUUCAGUAGCGAGGACGACUUUAUUCAGGCCCUGGAGGUGGCUCAAGAGACAAUCGCCACCAUGUGCGAAGCGAUGGAUCACUUGGCCAGGCUACGCGGUAAAGAAAAGCAGAAGAACCCGGAAGGGGAAGCUUUAGCUGCUGAGAAGGAAGAACAGAAGAAAGCUCUGCUAGCAUUAGGAGCAUCUUCUACUUCGGGAUCGGGUGUAGAGGGUAUUACUACUUCCAAUAUGGAAGGGGUAGUCCCAGGAGACGCCUCGUUGGAAGGUGUUGGCGUUUUGAGACCGGAACUGGAUCCACAUCGACUGCUGAGCGAUUUGGCGCGACGAUUCACUCCUGCAGUCGUGUCUCUCUUCAGAGAGGCGUCGAAACUACCUGCGUGGGAACAUAGCGAAAAUGUGUGGGAAUUCUUUCGGACACAAGUCUUAACCACUUAUCGCGGAACCUCUUUGUACGCUGAAAGCUUGUUGAGACGAGUGUUUCGCAAGUUUUUGGGACUGGUGUUGUGCGAUUUUGUGCGCCAAACGGGUCAGCGACUGGACGGACGUAGUACCUCGGAUUUACGUCCAUUGGACAUUGAGCCGCACUAUUUACCAGGACCACACGGUUGCUGCCUGUUUUCAGUUGAAGGAACCCAGACGUCAUCGAUCUGUACUCUUGGCGACAGCUCAACCGCGCUAAAAGCUGAUCGACUGUUUGCUCCGGUGGUGCAGGGACCUCUCCAAAACGGAGGAGACACUGGCAGUAACGCACUUUCUUCGAAAAGAACAACCUCUAGUGGACCAGAUACGAAUUCUCCUUUAGCAGGUGGUGCGUCAGCAGGAGAGCCUGCCAGGAAUCCGGAGCGAUUCUUCUUUCAGUACACGCUUCCAGCUUACUCUGUGAACGAAGUUAGGCAGAGGAAUACGCGGACGCGACUGGAAGUGGGUCACGAGGACCUAGCUGAGAGGGCAUUACGUCCUUGCAUUCCUGCGGAGAGCGAUGAUUGGCCAUACACGAUGCGAGUCGAGUCGACGGUCAUGGAGAGCUGCGGCGGGAGCAGUAUUUCUAUUUCUAUUUUGUUAAUUUCGAUGCAACUGUGAAGAUAUUGUAAAGACAGUUUUCACGAAAAGUUGAGAUCUAAACUCUUUCAAGUUUUCGCCAAGCUGUCGAAGUUCGACAUUUAUGGAUAUCAUAAGCGUUACUACUGAGCAAAUAUGUGGUAGGACAUCCGUGUUGUGGAUUAAAUUUGAGAGUACUUGACUCAGUCAGCAAGUGCGUGAAAAGGCGCUCCUCAGAAAAUGAAUUCAAUUUAAACAAGAUAAAAUCAAAAUUUAUUUGAGAAAAAUUAAAUCAGUCAGCAAGUGCGUGAAAAGGUGCUCCCCAGGAAGUGAAUUUAAUUGAAACAAGAUAAAAUCAAAAUUUUGUGGAUUUGCAAUUGAAUUUCUGGAAUUCAUUUUAAGCAAAAUAUUAUGUAGAUUUUCUGCGUAGAUUCUCAUAUCCGAAUCUAUUUCGACAUAUACUCUCAUUUCGAUCUAAAAAAAUAGCUUUCAUGGAACUUGAUGUCUCUCUACUAGAAAAAAUGCAUCUCAGCAUAGUUCUCUGAUAUGAAUUAGGCUGCGUAUCAAAUAGGGCUUAAAAAUUGUAACUACUAUCUUCGCCACCAGGUAUGUCCAGUGUGUGUGGUGGCUGUCUCGCUUUAGUCGAUGCAGGGGUACCGAUAACCUCUCCUGUAGCUGGCGUUUCUCUAGGUCUGUUGACUUCAGAUAUCGACCUGACAGCGGCAGAAACUGCAGAACAAGGGCUUAUCUUGACGGAUAUUACGCAGUUUGAGGAUUCUAUUGGGCUAAUGGACUUCAAGGUAGCUGGAAAUCGCAGUGGGAUUUCUGCCAUGCAGCUAGACGUGAAGAAUGAAGGUAGACGGAGUGAUUUUCUUUGCACUGAUCAUAGAUACACAAUUUUUUUCUUGUUAAGAUUAUAGUGGUGGGUCAAGAAAUCGAUUGAAAUACAAUUCACGCUAGUAGAUGUUAGAAUAACACGCUUUUUCGAUGUUUAGAAUGAAUAGAUUCGCGCUAAUUACCUACUUAGACACGUAUCUCUUCAUUCUUGAUCAUCAGGUCUCACGCUCCCCGUGUUCGCCGCAGCCUUGAAACAAGCUCAAGUUGCUCGUUCUCGCCUCCUCGAUGAGAUGGAAGAAACCAUCGAGGUUUCGUCGUCUCGCGUUGUUCGGAAACCUCGAUUACAGAUGCUCCGGUUUGCUAUUCCUCCAGAGAGUAAAGGUAGAGUAAUCGGACCGGGAGGUAGUUCGAUCCGCAAAAUGGAAGCGACGUUCGGCAUAUCGAUGCAGGUGAACGAGACUAGUGUGGAAUUGAUGGGCAAAAACCUCAGCGAUCUGCACACAGCGAAAACAACGGUGUUAGAAGCGGUUAAUCGAGGGAUGGAGUUUUCGGUUGAUAAGAAUAGUGCUGCUGGUGGUGGGAGUGGUGCUGGUGGAAAAAAUAAUGGUGGCCAGGCAGACGAUGGAGAGCAACAACUUACGGGAGAGGGAGGUGCUCGACGAGGAGACGUCGAUGCAUCACAACUAGCACCGCAUCAAGCUUUUGCCGAGGCAUCCACCGGUUCUACCAUGCUGCAAGUCUCCGCUCCCGCUCUUGCUAGACCGCAGAUCGUCGGUCCCGCUGGCAGUCAUCUGCGAGAAAUGAUCGAGUUUUUUGCGCUCGAGGACAUCAAAGCGGACUCUGUGCCCAAAAAUGCCGAUCGCUACGAGGCCUUCACUGUGACACUUUUAGGCGGUGAUCCACAGGCGAGACGAGAUUGCAGUGAAAAAAUCGAACGGAUCAUCGAAACUGUAAUACUGGAGGAAGAGCGGAGGUUAAAAGUCGUCUGCGAACAGGGUGUAAGUGAACUACCAACAAGAGAAGAUGUUGUGCAGCAGCGAAGAGAUGUUGAUGGUCGCGACGUCGACGGAGCAGGAGAUAGAAGUACUACUAGAAGAAGGGCACGAAAUGACGCCGAUGAAGGUGACGCCGAUGAAGGUGAUCGCGACAACAUUGUCGUCAUCACGAUCGACCACCGCCGCGACGAUCCUAGGGACGAGGACUUGCGACCUCCUCCGACUAAGAAGGCGAAGACAUCAGCUUCUAUGUUGACAUCAACUAAGGCAGCUUCUAUGUCGUCCAAACCGACGUCGAAAAGGAGUUCUCGACGUGGUGGCUCCUUUGCUGAGGAACGAAGAGGCGUUCCGAAAGCGGUGACUAGUAUGCCUGUGAUUGGUCAAAAUACUAGAGGUGUAAGUGUUGAGGGUCGGGGUCAUCCUGGUGGACGACGAGAUCAAGAUCAGCAGGAGGCUGAGACCCGUUCCCGAGUACCUCCGCCAAGUGUAGAUGCCUCUAGUAUUGGUAACGGCGCAGCAGUUGCAGGAACCUCUAGUACUAUUGGAGGUGCAUCACCAUCAACCCUCGUGAAUGUGCCGAGGGACAAGCAGGCUUUAGUUUUGGGGAAGAAGGGUAGCACGAUCAAGAAAUUGCGUGACCGCUUCGCUGUUGAAGAUAUCAAAUGUCGAUCUGACCCAAGGUUUCCUGAAAAAGGAUACUGCGAGAUCAUUGGAGGCACGCAGGCGCAAAGAGAGGCUUGUGCCCUAGCGAUUCAAGAGCUUCAAUUAACCGGAACAACCGCGUGCUUGGAAGAACCAGUAGCGGCGAUCACAUCAGUGCAAACUGUGGCAGAUAUCAUGUCCGGAGGUGGUAGAAGCAGCGGCAACUAUAACAGGGGAACAAGAGCAAGUCGCGGGAGUCAUGGGAGAGGUCAUGGGACCUCGAGAGGCCCUCCAAGAGGUCGUGUAGUAGAACAAGUAGAGGAACAACAGCUCGCACCAGGUGGAGUCCAAGAUUUAGAGUACGACGACAUCGAUCCAGAGCUGUUGGAGCAAAUCCAGGGAAGCAGCAGAUUGAACACAACAGCGGUAAUUCAGGGUACAACUCCAAGACAGGGUCGAGGACAAGGAUUCCAAAGCGACAAUCAUGAUGCAGGUGCUUCCUCUGAUGCAGCAAUGAAUGGUGCUACUGGAGGUAAACCUCCAGGAGCGAGUAAGAGAGACAUGGAAGACGACGACCCUGGCUGGCGAAGGGAGAUGGAGACCGUGGCGUCAGCGUUGCAGGAAGGAGACGACUUCUUCAUCCUCAACACCGAUGUGGAGGCAACAUGGAGGCGACAGUUUCUACAACAACUGAGCAAGAAGUACGACCUAAACCUCGACGAAGACGACGAGGGGAAUAUGACUUUGGUCAAAGACGCGGAAGACGAAGAGUGAGCAGUUCUUGGCAGACGACAACGUGAACCUCUAGACCUUUUCAACUUUCUACUUCUGCAAUGAAUACUAGUUUCUGUUGUACUAGAUCUUCACACGAGACGAGAGCUUCCUUCUUGUUGUUGAGUGCCUUGUAGAUACCGUCUCCUCCUUCCUUCUUGUUGACCAUUCCGUUCCUAGGAGAAGACACAUGGAAGAAGUGCUCAGCAGU